AUGAGGAUCACCUUCUCAAUUCUGUGGUGCUGUCUUGUGCUUCUGGUAUUGAUUAGCAUAGUACUUGGAGAACUGGGACCUAAAAUAGAAAGGACACUGAAAGGAAAUGACCCUGCUAAGCAGAUUAUUUACUUUGAUGAUUCUUCGACUGUUUUAAUUUUGAGGAGCCAUAAGCUUUCGGUGUCUCACGAUGAUGGAAAUAGCUGGAGUGAUGUAAAAGAAACGAAAGAUGAAUCGGUUAUACAUUUUGAAAUAGACCCGAAUUUCAAAGAUAGGGCGUUUGUAUUUACGGCUAACGAGAAACAGUAUGUCACUAACGAUCAGGGAAAGUCAUGGACAACCUUUAAGCUUCUAGGUGACGAUGAUAAACCGUUGUCCAUUGAUUCUAUUCCGAAAGUCCAUUUUAACUCGAAGAAGAGAGAAUAUGCUCUCAUAGAAGUAUAUGACUGUCCUCCAAAUGAGGGCUUUAACUCGAAGUGUAAAAAGAUACAUUUUUAUACCGAUAAUGGAUUCAAGACAAAUCCAAUGAAGUUAAAGUCAGAGCUUAAUCAUUGUCGUUUUGCUAAAUCUUCCUCUAAUUUUGAAGGUGGUAAUGAUGAAACAGUUUAUUGCACUGUAAAUAAGCUAAACUCCUUUGGACAUGUUGUGGAAUCAUAUCUCUCAUUUUCAAAUGAUUUUUUCAAAACAUCUGAAGACAUAGAUCAUGGUUUAGUGAAGUCGGCUUUCAUAAUUGAUAUAAAAUUUGAGCAAACCUUCAUGGUGAUAAUUGUGCAGAACGAUAAAUUUAACAAGAAGUCUGUGGUGUCAUUAUUGGUUUCUAAAGAUGGCAAGAAUUUUAGGGAAGCCGAUCUUAAGGUUAAUGUCUCAUAUGGGAUAAUGGCUUAUUUGGAAUCAUCCCCUCUGUCAUUAUUCUUAUCUGUUAUGGAUUUUUCGAGCUCUAUGGUGUCAUUGUCGACAGUAUAUGCAUCUGAUUCCUCUGGCUUGAAGUUUACUAAAAUCCUUUCUAGUAUAGAAGGUGGCGCAAUCGAGAAAGUUCAAACUAUUGAUGGAGUUUGGUUGGCUAAUGUGGCAGAAGAUAAAGAUGGUAAGAAAUCUGAUAAGAAUCUACUUGAUUUGUUCUUAGGUGGUUCUUCUAAAUUAAUUUCUUCCAAGAUCACAUACAACAAUGGAAAGGAUUGGUCCCCCUUAAAGAUCAUCGAUGAUGAUUCGUGUAAAGUUGAAGAUGGCUGCUCUCUACACUUGAUCAGUCCUGUUGAGAGAGACGGUAGAGGAAAAUUUGUAACAGGACCAACACCUGCUAUUUUGGUAGGCAUUGGUAGCAAGGGAAAGCACUUGAGCAGAGAUAUAAACGAUAUGAAUACGUGGGUGUCCAGAGAUGGUGGUUUGACUUGGAAGUUUUCUCUUGAAGAGCCGUGUUUGUUCUCUUUCGGUGAUUUAGGAAAUGUCAUUUUAGCGAGCCCCAUUCAUGAACGCGAUUCAAAAACAUUUGAUACCAAAAAAUUAAUUUACUCAUUGGAUCAGGGUAAAUCGUGGACAACAGAAGAACUAGGAGAAUCAGUCUUUCCCGAAAUAUUGUCUACCACAGUGGAUGGAACGUCGACUAAAUUUAUUCUCUCGGCAAUAUACGACGAAACUCCGGACGAUAAUUCUGAUCUCAAAUUUUCGGAAGCAAUUUACACUAUUGACUUUGGUGAAGUAUAUGGUGGCGCUAAAUGUCAGAAGAAAGAUUUCGAAGAAAUAUACGCUCGGGUUUCGGAGGAUCAGAAACCUAUCUGUAUUGACGGUCAUAAGGAGAAGUUCAUAAGACGAAAGCAGGACGCGAAAUGUUUUGUUAAUAGCUUAUUCGAGGAUAUCAAGGUGUAUGAUGACCCUUGUCCUUGUACUGACGCCGAUUUUGAGUGCGCUGAUGGGUUUAAAUUAAAUACUGGUACCAAUACGUGCGAUCUUGUCGAUGCCAGGGUUAGUGAACUUUGUCAGAGUAAGAAGUCAAAGGUAUUAAAGUUGCCCGCAAAAGUACAUAUUGAAGGUAAUACAUGCUCUUUUGGAAAGAAGAAGCCUAGUGAAUUCGUCGACACAGUCGACAUUAAGUGUGCAGAUUAUCUUAAGCAAGAUACGACAAAGGCGAUCAAGUCGAGUUCGCACAAAUUUGAUGGAGAGCUUGCCGAAUAUAUUUACAUUGAAGAUAAUGCAUCAGCAGGCGAGAAUGUUAUCGUGAAAAGCAAAAAUGACAAGGUGUUUAUAUCAAAUGAUGGUGGAAUAAGUUUCAGUCAGCUCAAUGUCGAAUCGAUCGUAGGUGUAUUUGCAUACAAGUCUCAGGUUAUUCUCAUCACAGAGUCUACAACAUUUUAUAUCUCUUUUGAUGGCGGUAAUCUGUUUCUGAAAAUGACUGCCCCGUCUACGCCUUCACGCGAAUCAAAAGUUUUCUCUCCUCACAAAACAGAUCCUAACAUGUUUAUAUGGCUAGGUUCUGGUGAUUGUGAUAACAAUAUGGGUUUCAAUUGUCCCCUGAUUGCUUAUGUAACAAAGGAUGGAGGUCAAACCUUUCAACCAUUAAAGAAGGAUGUUCUUACUUGUGACUUUGCUGGGCCAGUAUUUGACCCACAAACGGAAGAAAACAAGAAUUUGAUUUAUUGCUUAGCUAAAGAAAAACUGAAUCCCAAAUUAGAGAUAUUGUCGUCUAACGACUUCUUCAAGAGCUCUAAAGUAUUAUUUGAAUCAGCAGUGGGUUAUGCUUUUACCGGAAAGUUUUGUGUCGUUGCUUUAAUAGGUGAAAAGGAACAGUCGUUAAAGGCAAAGGUUACUGUUGAUGGCGUGACAUUUGCUGAUGCUGAUUUCCCUUCUGAUUUGCACGUUGAUUAUCAACAAGCUUACACGAUUCUUGAUUCGGCUUCUGAGGCAAUCUUCAUGCAUGUCACCACAAAUCCAAAAGAAGGGCAUGAAUAUGGGUCUAUAUUAAAGUCGAAUUCUAAUGGUACUUCAUAUGUUUUGUCUCUCGAUUAUGUUAAUAGAAAUCGAGUUGGAUAUGUUGACUAUGACAGAAUUGAGGGCAUAGAAGGUAUCAUAGUAGUUAAUAGAGUACAAAAUCAUAACUCUAACGACCCCAAGAUUCUCAGGACUCAAAUUAGUUAUAAUGAUGGUGCAGAAUGGGCUUACAUCAAUCCGCCUAUUGUGAAUUCCAAAGGAAAGAAAUAUUCGUGCUCCGGGCAGCCUUUAGAGAAAUGCUCUUUGAAUGUUCGUGGCUAUACGGAGAGGCCAGACUAUCGAGAUACAUUUUCUUCAGCAUCUGCCACUGGUUUAAUGUUUGGAGUUGGAAGCGUCGGAUCUUCCCUAGAAGGCGACGAGAAAAGUUCAACAUUUAUGACAACUGAUGGGGGUAUCACAUGGAAGGAAGUAGUCGAAGGUGUUUAUAUGUGGGAGUUUGGAGAUCGUGGAACCAUAUUGGUUUUAGUAAAUGCUAAGGAGCCUACUAAUAACGUUUUGUUUUCUUUGGACGAUGGUCACUCAUGGAAUAAGUACGAAUUUUCUAAAACUCCAGUUGAAGUUUUAGAUUUGGCAACGGUUCCAUCAGAUACUUCAAGGAAAUUUUUGGUGUUUGGGAAAGACCAAAAUGAGCCCUCUAUAACAGUUUCUUUCUCCCUUGAUUUCACUCAAGUUCAUAACAGGCAAUGCCAAAUCGACCUAGACAAUCCUGAUAAUGAUGAUUAUGAAUUUUGGUCACCUAAGCACCCAUUACUUCCUGACAAUUGUCUUUUUGGUCAUGAAGCUAAAUAUUUGCGCCGUGCAAAAGGUCACUAUGACUGCUUUAUUGGAAGUGCGCCUCUGAAAGAAGGAUUUAAGGUCAUCAGAAACUGUAGUUGUACUAGAAGCGAUUUUGAAUGUGACUACAACUACUUCAGAGACUCUGAUGGUACAUGUAAACUCGUUAAGGGCCUUUCACCUUCCAAUCGCAAGAAUGAAGAAUGCAAGAAGCCAAACGCAUUCGAGUACUUUGAACCUACUGGGUAUAGAAAAGUUCCGUUGUCAACUUGUGUUGGCGGUAAGAACUUCGAUACUUGGAAUGCUCGCCCUUGUCCCGGGAAGGAAAAGGAAUUUAACAAGCAUUAUGGAAAAGAAGUUAAAGGAUAUAAGCUAUUUUUUUUAAUUGCAAUCCCGCUCUUUGUUUUUAUAUUUGCAACUUGGUUUGUUUAUGAUAGAGGUAUUCGCCGUAAUGGAGGCUUCAAAAGAUUCGGACAGAUUCGAUUAGAUACUGAAGAUGAUGACUUUCAACCUAUUGAAGACAAUGAAGUGGAUAAAGCUGUUAAUAAAAUAGUCAGAGGUGGUAUUUUUGUUGCCGCUGUGGGAAUUGCAGGUUUUAAAACUUUACAGAAAUUUGAUCGCGUUAUAUUGAACAAAAUUGUCUCAACUGUCUUUCGCCGUCACCCUGGUGAGAGGAGAUAUGUACAAGUUCCAAGCUUUGACGAAGAGGAGGAACUUUUUGGCGACUUUCGCGAUGAUCACGAAGAUGGAAUUAACGACGAUCAAGUGAAUUUUGACUCACAAGAACCUGAAACUGCGGGGGAUGAUUAUCCUAACAAUUUAGAGCAGGGUAAUACAGACUCACGUCUAUUCGAUAUAGAUGAUCAGUCUGACGAAGAGUCUUCACGUCCAGAGGCUUAG